GAGGCGGUCGGUAGGUGGGCUGGGUUGCGCUCCUGCUUUCGGCUUCUUGCACCGCAACUAACGCCGAUACGAGCAUUUAAACCCGACGCGGGGCGAGACACGCGCCGCGCCAUGAGGUAGAGGCCGCGGGCCGCGCGUGCCAGGUACAGUGCACUGAGCCAUGGGUCCUCACAGAGUCCACGUCUUUCUGCUGAUCGCUCUGCAGGCCCUGCAGACGUCGGCUGAGGGCUCAGAUGGGAGGUUGGAGUGUCUGUGUGAAACCCCCCGAUCCCUCCAGGCCACCAAGUGCCACGGCACUCGCUGCUUUUCCUCCGUCAAAGUCAGCAGCAGCGGAGUGGUGUUUGAGCACGGCUGCCUGGAGGGGCUCGACAAAAUCCGUUUCCAUUGCUCCACGGCGCCGUCUUUUCACCAGGCCAUUUUUUGCUGCUCCCAGGAAAUGUGCAACGGCAACACCACCAGGAGUUCACUGAUGUCUCUGCUCCCGACAGCACCAGAAGGCGAGCCGGUGCGGUACCGCGUGGAGACCGUGGCUCUCUUUGUCCUCGGCCCGGUGGUGGUUCUGGCUCUGCUGUCCGUCGUGUCGGCGUUGGCCUGCAGGAGGCUCCACCACGGCCGUGUGCAGAGGCUGCAGGAGUUUGACAAUGAGCAGGGAGCCGUCGACGGCCUCAUCACCUCCAAUGUGGGAGAUAGCACUUUGGCGGAACUGUUGGACCAUUCGUGUACGUCCGGCAGCGGUUCAGGGCUUCCCUUCCUGGUCCAGAGAACCGUGGCCAGGCAGAUCAGCCUGAUGGAGUGUGUAGGCAAAGGGAGGUAUGGGGAGGUGUGGCGGGGCCAGUGGCAGGGGGAGAACGUAGCUGUGAAGAUCUUCUCCUCAAGAGAUGAGAAGUCCUGGUUCAGAGAGACGGAGAUCUACAAUACUGUGCUGCUGAGACACGAGAACAUACUGGUUUAUUCCUUCUUUUCAGAGAUUAUCAUUUUAGCAUCAAAUAAAACUUGUUUCUGA